AUGGUGCUUAUCAGGUUCAACGACAUUGGCAUGGAGUCAUUGAGUUUAAUAGUUGUGACAUGUUUGUCUUUGAGUUUACUCCAUUCAGCAUGCACCUCUCAAUCUGGUGAAAUUAAAACGGAAUUGACAUCAUCCGACAUAGAUGAAAUUGUUCGGUCGGUUGAGGAUAGCACUGAGUUCUUUACAGGGAAGGUGUGCUGUGGAUAUGAUGAAGAAAAGAAAGAACCCAAGUAUGGCAACCACCCCGUUACAUAUGACCAGGAAGGAAAUAUCUUGAUUAAAAUAUUAGCUAAACCCAAUGCAAGCAAAACUAUCAUUGGAGUGACCACCAAAGUUGAAAGGUUGGGUUUGAGAAUAGCAGCUCCACCUGUGGAUGGUAAAGCCAACGCAGAAAUGUUGCGGUUUCUGGCUAAAGUUUUGGACGUGAAGAAAAGUGCAUUGAGUAUCAUUGAGGACAACGGGGAUUUUAAAACAGUCAAAGUAGCUGCAGGAACUAUGUUCAUCGAGGAUCUACUUAAAAAGUUGUUGGAUGCUCAGUAUAUGAAACCGGCUCACAUUGGACAUCCAGAUUAUCUCAAAUUUUACUACAUCGACGAAGAAGCUUAAUAUUCAGUUAAAAUAUUUUCUCCUAUUAGAAAUAAAUGUUAA